AUGCGAGAAUUUACGAUAAAUUUGCAUCCAAAUCAAAGAGAGGAAGUCAUUGUUCAUGCCGGAUGGGUAGUCGAUGGAUUAAAGUUUGGAAAUGAGAAAAAUCAGGGACCGAAACAGUCUAUUGGAGGAAACGGAGGCACUCGGAGAGUUUUCCAUCUUGGACCAAAAGAAUCAAUCGGAAGAGUUUGGGGCAAUCGAAUCAUGUUUGAAGGGCAUAAGGUGAUCGGGCAGAUCACUUUUCAAACGACAAAUGGUACAGUACAUGGGCCUUUCGGAUCCAAUGGAAAUCCACGAGGCGACCCGAUCGGAAUCAUUGAGACAUUCGAUUUCUGUUCUUCGCCUGGACAAGCGAUGACAGCUCAGGUUGGAUCUAGAGCUGGACCAGGCCUCAAGAAAAUCACUGGCUCCUGCUCAAAUAAAUUCAUCUUUGCGAUGAACUUCCACUUCCAAGAAUAA